AUGAAUUCUGUGCCUCGACCAACGUCUUUACCAUCACAUAGUAUACCUCCCCCUCCACUAUUUACCAGGAAUGCUGCAGGAGGGGUUGAUCUACUCAAUGAGGUGGCCAACGCUAGGAGGAGCAGUAGCCCACGACCCAUGGGAUCAGCCGGGAUCGCUAGAGUCGAUGCACUAACUUCCCUGGAGUCUACGUUGGAGUCUUUAGCCAACCUCCUAUUUGCCCUUCGUCAAGAGCGUCGACGUAUACAACACGAGAAGCAGCAAUUGAACGUUGAGUGGGCUAAGUUCCGAAGGAUGUGUGCGGGAUCCUAUAUGAGGAUGUACGAGGCCUCCAUGCAGCAGCAGCAGCAGCAUUCGACAGCAUCAGCAUCUCAAGGAAGGUCCACCACAUGUGAGCGUGCUCCUGCGCCCCCAUCUACCCCACACGAGUCACUACGAGAGGCGAUGAGGAGACAUCCCGCCACGACCUCUACAAUGGAAACACCAUCGUGGACAGCCACACUCGACAAGAUGACUGCAAAUUGUGGAGAUGAAAUGCCGAACAAUCUUCACUCGGCAUGGCCCUAUGCCUCCCAGCAUGCUGCCAACCCUCGCUCUCAAGAUAUAGGUCGUCGUCGUCUUCGGAGGCCCUUCCCUGACGAGGAUGUAGAUGAUCAUCGUCAAGCUAAGCUGGCGAGACUCGAAGGUCGACCGGGCAAUAGGGAUCAUUAUUCGUCCUUUCCAAAGCAUGAAGGAGAGGUAGAUGUUGGGAUGAUGAUGAGCUCAAGCAAGUCUCGAACACCUCCAUCACCACCACCGAGUGACCAUCCGAGAGUGAAGGGCAUCACUUGGGUUGGCGGGACCCGGAGCUGGAUGGCUCGAUGGGUCGAAGAUGGGAAGUUGAAGAGCAAGACGUUCUCUACUAAAAAGUACGGCUUUGCAGAUGCCUACAGGUUGGCGGAAGAAUGCCGAUUGCGGAAGAUGGGUAUCUCUCUAGAGGACCUCCCUCAGGGGUCUCGUUCAAAGGAGAGCAAUGAGGAAAGAUGGGAUGAACAUACUGAGCCACUUACAGAGGAGGCGCCAGAGAGCCAUAGUGAGGCUGCUGAUUAUGAUAGUGCUUCGGUAGAGAGUCCUUCCUCACCGGAGACCUUCGGUAACCCAGAAAGUGAUACUCAUGAAUCUGCCAAGAUGGAAGAUGGUCUUCGAGCGGAAGCUACUGUAAUACGACAGUGAGGUCGCAGUCAGCGAACGUACUCAGCCGCGUUACUAUCGUUCAUUAUAAGCAGUAACGCAAUCUAUCACACAUUCCAACUAAACUUGGGAUAAUCUCAUCAUAAUCACUGCCAGAUUCAACAUACUAUUCAUCUAACUCAACCGCUUGAAAGUUACUUGACGACGAUACCUUGCCGCUGCCGCCGAACUACUGUUAUCG